AUCGUCCAUAGGCCAACCAUGCGCCCACGGCUAGCUUAAUUCGCCGCACCAUCAGUUCGCUCGCAAACUCUCCUAUCAAGCACAGGCACAGCACACAGCAGCACAGCCAUGGCUGCUCCCAGACUCGCCGCCGCCAGCUGCCACGCUCUGCGCGGAGUGCUCCACGACAAGCUCCGCGCCGUUGAGCUGCAGCUGCGGGCGUGCCGCCGCUCCCUCGCCGGCGCGUCCGGCUCUUCGUCGACGACGGCAGCCGCCGUGGCCGCGCUCGUCUGCGCCGCCGCGGCGUUCCCGCGAGCCGCGGCCUUCUUCCUGCCACUCGUGGCCUCCACCUCCCUCUGCUGCACGGCAGCGUGCCUGUUCGCCGCCGUGGAGCGGAGCGCGGCCAAGGAGGCUGUAGAGGCCGUGGUCGUGGACGGCGAGGGAAAGGCCGAGGCCGGGCUGCUACAGGUGAUCGGCGAGGCCAACACCAGCGCGUACGGCGACAGGCUCGGCAGCGUCCAGGUGGGAUGCUUCAUCCGCAGGUCCGCGAGGCGAGGCGUGGACGAGGACGGCGAGGAGGUCGUGUUCGCCGGCACGCUGGCGCCCUGCACGGCGGGCUUCGUCGGCGCCGGUCACGCCCAGCGGCGCGGCGCCGCGCUGGAGGAGGAGCUCACGGCGAUGCGCGUGGAUCGGCUCGCCGAAGGCGUCUGGAACAGCUACUUCGGCGGGUGGUCUAGGUGGCACCACAUCGACACGGCAUGCAGCCUCUGAGCCCUCUGCAGCUGCAGUCAAGCACUUGAUAUUGUUGCUCCAUUAUUAGGAUCGUCUGAAACAAAAUGUCUAUGCUACUAUACUUAUAUGGAAGUUUUAAAUACA